UUUUAUUUUAACCGCCCCAGGUUUCCAUUUUAGUAACUCCAAAUCCUCUAAUGUCAGUACUAAUAAACCUCGUAAAAGCGAAGUUUUAGUCAUCUUAGAUUCGAAGACGGAGUAGAGUACAGAUAUACAUACACUUUUGUAUAUGCAGAAUUCGAGCAAAAUCUCCCAAGCUAGACAACCUUUUCAGUUUGCCUUGCCUGGGGAGAAAAGGAUACUAAAAAUUGACUGUACAAGAAACAUCCCAAAACGUUAGGGGAGGGGUUAGUUCGUGAAGAAGAAAUCUAUUAUGGGGGAUAUAAUUGCUUGGUUAGUUUCGUUUUUCAUACUCAUAGCUAUUCUUGGUGUCAUCCUUUAUCAGGUAACUUCCCAAUUUCCUCGAUUUUUUUUUUUUGGAAUUUUUAAGUAUGUAAAGAAAAAUCUUGUUGGGUUUAUAAAUGGUUCGUUUGUUUUGGUCAUUCGACUGGGUUGCUUGAUUGCUGUACUUUGAACUGAUCUUUUAAUGGUGUUCAUAGAAUAAUUAAUGAAUUCAGAUUCCAGGAAUUUAUCUUUUCCCCUUUAUUGCUACAAAGAAUAAAAUCUCAAUUUGAGGGAAAUGAGGGUUGAACUUCCUGCUCAGCUUGUCUUGCCGUAUUGUUGUGUUUGCGAAGUUGAGGAUGUGAUGUUUACUUCCAAUUUUGAUUCAAGUUGGCCCUAAUGGGGCUUAAUGUGGUGUUAAUUUCAGAAGUUAGAAGUACAAGCGCAAAACAUUCAAAUGAUUGUUCUUGGUCUACUAGAUGACUUCGCAUGUAUUAGGGUUUGGACAUAGUUAUCGUUAGAGAUCCUGAUGCAAUGAGAACCAUAUACAGGAAGUUAGCUGAUGGUGUUAAAUUGAAAUGAAACUCGGGUAUUUGUUUGGAAUUCCUACCAUCUCUAUGCUUUCUGGAACAUGUUUAGAUUUAUCGUGGGAUCAAGUUCGCAUUUUGACGUCAAUUCUAUAAUCGUCCUUUGUUCUCAUGAAGACUGAUAACAGUUAUGAUAUUUAGUAGUAGUUGUGUUCAGUGUUUCUUACGCAGGGAUUAUGUCUUUCUUUCCAUUUAUAAUGUUUUCAUUUCUGGUUUAAGGAGAUGAUGACUGUCUCUGACCGGGUCACUAUUGCAGCUUAUGUGUUUAGCAGACCUUGAGUUUGAUUACAUAAACCCAUACGAUUCCGCAUCCAGGAUAAACAAAGUUGUUCUGCCAGAGUUUAUCACCCAGGGAGUUCUAUGUUUUCUUCAUCUCGUAACAGGACAUUGGGUGAUGUUUUUGCUUUGCCUCCCCUACUUGGGUUAUAACAUAAAAAUGUAUAAUGAACGUCGCCACUUAGUGGAUGUUACUGAGAUUUUUAAUCAGCUUCCAUGGGAGAAGAAGAUACGCUUAUAUAAGCUUGGGUAUCUUAUCGUCCUCAUGGCCUGUUCUAUAUUUUGGAUGAUUUGGAGCAUUGUGGAGGACGAAUGAACAACUUGGGGGCAUAUGUUGGAAAGUAUGUGCUAUUGCUAUUAGUUUCCCAUUUCUUUUUCUUCAAGAGUGAAAAUCUUUUCUCUUUUUGUUGUGUGCAAUAUUAUGCCACUCUGUGUGGAAGGUUAAUUGUGAUUGAUGCAUCUCCGUGCACUCGUAAAUGUCAAUGCUGUUUCAUUUUAGAAAAAUAGAUUUGAUUCACAACCUUCAGAUUGCGAGUACGGUUGAGUUUAUGCUGUUUACUUUGAUAUCCCUUCAAGUCUACCUCUAGGUUUUGCCCCGAGGUUUCUCAUUGAAGUUUAUUGUACCACAACCUUGUUUCUUGAACUGCUUUAUGACACCAUCCGCAUGUGUGUGAAGCUAGGUAAUAUAGCUUGUGCAAAGUAGUCUACACUUGAAAAUUUAUUCGUAGGAGUGGUUUAAUUAUCCCUAUGGGGCAUCUACUUAUUUGCUAGAGAUAAAAAACGAAAAAAUGACUGGGUUUUUAUGAAUGAUCGACAUUUCAGAAGAAAGUGAAUGAAAGAGGCGCUGGUAGAUAGGAUCAUUAACCCGUGGAUACUGCGUUCAAUUCAUUACACAGUGCCAAAAAGAUAUAUCUUUGUUUAUCUCUGUGUCGACCCCCCUAGUUUUGUUGCUUGUUGUUCAGCAAAUAUUAUAAAGAGACGGCAACUAAAAUGAAGAUUUUUCAUUCAAUUUUAUUUAGGCCGUUUGACGGGAAAGUCUUCACUAUUGGUUACCUCGUGUAGUUUAUGUUGUGGAGGGGAAUCGGGGAAAUUUAAGCAUCUUUUGUCCUUGUCAUUAGUCUGCAGGUUUUUCUUUGAAAGAUCUUAUUGUAAAAUAUAUCGUUGGCUACUUUCAUUUAGUCCCCAAGACACAAUGCACAAGAAUUCCUGAGCAUCGCCUCACUCAUUUAAACAUAAAUUCUGUGUAUUAUUGGAUGUCUAUUAUAAUUAAGAACUAAACGAUACACUGUAUAUCAUUUACGUAUUAUUUGGAGUUUAAGUCAGAGUGCUGAGCAAAAGUUUUCAAGCAUCUCUUCACUUAUCAAAGCGUAGUCGUUCGAUGUCUGUGUUCCUGCUUCUUUUUGGACUUUGUGUAGGCCAUAUUUCCAUGAUUUCAGAUCAUCUACUUGCUGAAGCAGUCUCUCCAGAUCUGUUCUUUGUGGGGUUUGUGUAGAUGUUGUUGCAGCUUUUAAAUUAGUCUUAAAGUCCAUUUUCUGAUAAUCGAAGUUUUGCAAACGAGCAUUGAUCUUAGCAUCAGACCUAGAUCGCUAAUAGUCUUUUGCUGCAACUGUUUACAGGGAUCAUUCUGGAGGGGGGAAUUGGAGAUGAAAGAUGUAACCUUAUGUUGUUGUACUUUUAGGAUAUUAUUAAAAAAAGGCUUUCUUUCUUCUUCAUUGUUCAAAUCCGGCGAAAGAGGGAUGUCGGUGGCUGUAUUGACUUCAUCUUUUGGUGUAUCACCACCCUUUAUUGUGUAAUUUCCACUUCUAUAGAUCAGGAACUAGCAUUCAUUAGCAGGUAGUUCUUUUCAUGGGAAGCCCCUUGUGGAAUGUGAGUAAUUUGUCAUCUUUCUUUUUUCCUCCCCAACUGCCCUUUAGAUGUGGCAUGUAUAAUGAUGUUAAUUGUCUUUGUAGAUUGUAGAGCAUUUUGUAUUUAUCUCCAUUCAUGAUCUUCAUUUGUUUAAAUCUCAAGUUUUUGAAAGACA